UUUAUAUUAAACUUUUAAACCCCCCACCAUUUCAUUGCAAAAUAAUUCAAGGCUUGAAGUCCCAUUAUCGUCCUUAUUCGAGCAAUUUAUUAGUUUGGAAUUCCAUGGCAUCUGACAAGAAGAUCAAGAUCGGCAUCAACGGGUUUGGGAGGAUUGGACGGCUGGUGGCUCGUGUGGCGUUGCAGAGAAAUGAUGUGGAGCUGGUGGCAGUCAAUGAUCCUUUCAUCUCUACUGAUUACAUGACAUAUAUGUUCAAAUAUGAUAGUGUGCAUGGGCAAUGGAAGCACAGCGACAUUAAAGUAAAGGAUUCCAAAACACUUCUUUUUGGGGAAAAAGCAGUCGCUGUUUUUGGAUUUAGAAAUCCAGAGGAAAUCCCAUGGGGUGAAGCUGGGGCAGAGUAUGUGGUGGAGUCUACUGGUGUUUUCACAGACAAAGACAAAGCUGCUGCUCAUCUUAAGGGAGGUGCUAAAAAGGUGGUCAUCUCUGCACCAAGUAAAGAUGCACCAAUGUUUGUGGUUGGUGUCAAUGAGCAUGAGUACAAGACAAACAUCGACAUUGUCUCUAAUGCAAGCUGCACUACCAAUUGCUUAGCUCCUCUUGCCAAGGUUAUUAAUGAUAAGUUCGGCAUUGUUGAGGGGUUGAUGACUACAGUUCAUUCAAUCACUGCCACUCAGAAGACAGUUGAUGGACCAUCUAGCAAGGACUGGAGGGGUGGAAGAGCUGCAAGCUUCAAUAUCAUUCCUAGCAGCACUGGUGCUGCCAAGGCUGUUGGAAAGGUCCUUCCUUCAUUGAAUGGAAAACUCACUGGCAUGUCAUUCAGAGUUCCGACCGUAGAUGUUUCUGUUGUUGAUCUUACUGUCAGGCUUGAGCAGGCGGCCACCUAUGAUCAGAUCAAGGAUGCUAUCAAGGAGGCCUCUCAGGGGAAACUUAAAGGCAUCUUAGGCUAUGUCGAUGAGGACUUAGUUUCCACUGAUUUUCUUGGCGACAAUAGAUCAAGCAUAUUUGAUGCAAAGGCUGGAAUUGCACUGAAUGAUCACUUUGUUAAACUUGUGGCUUGGUAUGAUAAUGAAUGGGGUUACAGCACCCGGGUUGUUGAUUUGAUCUGUCAUAUGGCUAGCACUUAAGUGAAGAACAUGACAUGAAGAGCCUCUUGUUGUUGUUGUUGUUGUUGUUGUUGAAUUGAGUUCAAUUUGUCUGAACUUGAGGCAUUAUUAUGUUGUUAAAGAAUUUAAAUAAAUGUUUGCAACUUGGAAUGUUGGAAUGUUAUAAAUAAUUAUUCAGUAAAUCUUUUUCAUUGCUUUCA